UCAUUUCCUUAAAAACAAUUAAAACUUUCAAUUUCUUUGACCGUUGAUUUAACGUAGCAUUGAAGCAUUCCCAGAGAGUAGAGAAGACGCUGGAAUACAAAAAAAAAUCUCAGAAAUUAAACUUUCAAGCUCAGAAGAAAGUGAAAAGAAUGAAACUUUGAUUCUUUAUUACAGAUUCAAGAUUCGAAGUUGAAGAGAAGAAGAAGCAGAAGGGACAAGACAAAGCUCCUUACUUGUGUUUUUGCUCUGUUCUUCAAUGGCUGAAGUUUUAUAACGGAGAUGUUUCCGUUAUGAGAUCUGAGGUUAUUGCAUAUUCAAUCAAAUUGGGUAAUCUCAGUGAUCUGGAAUUUUGGUUGGGGCAAGCAAAUUUCUGUGUUUUUUUUCCUCGGCCGAUCUGGGUUUGAUCUAUUACAUCAUCGUCUUCUCUGUUUUGUCUUGAAGCUUGGUGUUUUUGAGUAAAUUAGGGUUUAAUCGAAGAAAAUUAGCUGUGCUGUGAUUUCGAAAGUUUGCUACUUCUUCACGUUUAGUGUUCUUAGUUGGUAAAGUUUGGUGCUUUCAGGAUACUGUCAUACUCAAAAGUCUGGGACUUUUAGGUUUUUGGUUCUUGAUUUAGUGAUUGAUCUGAAUCUUUGAAUCUCUGAUCGUUUCUUGGAGGAAAGAUUUUAAAUUUUUGGAUGAGAAGUUGAUUUGGUGAUCGGAAUUGAGAUGGCAACGACACCGGUACAACCUCCGGUUUCAAAUUCUCCACCGGUGGCUUCGCCGCCGCCACUGAAUAAUUCUACUCCAAGUAACAAUGCUUCUUCUCCGGCCAUACCACCACCAGUGACAUCUCCGCUUCCUCCGUCAGCACCGCCACCAAAUAGAGUUCCUCCUCCUCCUCCGGUUACUACCUCACCACCACCAGUUACAAAUGGAGCUCCUCCUCCUCCACUGCCAAAACCACCUGAGAGCUCUCCUCCACCACCACAACAACCAGUGAUCCCUUCACCUCCUCCUUCAAUUUCAUCGCCCCCACCACCAACGGUACAGCCACCUCAAGCCUCUCCUCCGCCUCCACCACCUGCAUUAGUCCCACCAUUACCUUCUUCUCCUCCACCUCCUGCAUCUGUUCCUCCUCCACGGCCAUCGCCUUCACCACCAAUCUUAGAACGCUCCCCUCCUCCUCCUCCGCCUUCAAAUCGUCCCAUUCAAUCUCCUCCUCCUCCAUCACCGCCUCCAAACCGCCCCAUUCAAUCUCCUCCUCCUCCUUCACCGCCUUCAGACCCUCCCACUCAAUCUCCUCCUCCUCCUUCACCGCCUUCAGACCGUCCCUCUCAAUCUCCACCUCCUCCACCAGAGGAUACUAAACCCCCACCUCCCAGGAGAAGUCCAAAUUCUCCACCUCCAACAUUUUCUUCUCCUCCACGUUCUCCUCCUGAAAUACUUGUCCCAGGUUCUGAUAAUCCACCCCAAAACAACCCUACUCUUAGACCUCCUGAUAGCUCAAAUUCUACUAAUGGUAGCGGAAUUGGUACUGGGGCUGUUGUUGGUAUCAGUGUGGCAGUGGCACUUGUGGUGUUCACUCUUAUUGGUAUUUUUGUCUGGUGCGUGAGAAGACGAGAAAAACGACUUUCAGCUGUUAGUGGUGGCGAUGUUACGCCAUCACCAAUGAGCUCUACCGCAAGAUCAGAUUCAGCUUUUUUUAGGAUGCAGUCAUCUGCACCUGUUGUAGGAGAAAAGCGUUCGGGCAGUCAUCAAACAUAUUUCUCACAAUCACAAUCUGGUGGCUUAGGCAAUUCGAAAGCAUUGUUUUCCUACGAAGAACUUGUGAAGGCAACAAAUGGUUUUUCACAAGAAAAUCUAUUAGGUGAAGGAGGAUUUGGUUGUGUAUAUAAAGGGAUAUUACCGGAUGGGAGAGUAGUUGCUGUCAAACAACUAAAGAUCGGUGGAGGACAAGGUGACCGGGAGUUCAAAGCCGAAGUUGAAACUCUUAGUAGAAUUCAUCACCGCCAUUUGGUUUCAAUUGUGGGACAUUGUAUCUCUGGUGACCGCAGAUUACUUAUCUAUGAUUAUGUCUCUAACAAUGACCUUUACUUCCACCUUCAUGGAGAAAAAUCUGUUCUGGACUGGGCAACACGUGUUAAAAUUGCAGCUGGGGCGGCUCGUGGACUAGCUUAUCUCCAUGAAGAUUGUCACCCGCGUAUCAUUCACAGGGACAUUAAGUCGUCUAACAUUCUUUUAGAGGACAACUUUGAUGCUCGGGUCUCUGACUUUGGUCUUGCAAGAUUAGCUCUUGAUUGUAACACUCAUAUCACCACACGGGUUAUCGGAACAUUUGGCUACAUGGCUCCUGAAUAUGCAUCAAGUGGAAAAUUAACAGAGAAAUCAGAUGUAUUCUCCUUUGGUGUUGUUCUGCUCGAGUUAAUCACUGGACGUAAACCGGUGGAUACAUCGCAACCACUUGGAGACGAGAGCCUUGUUGAAUGGGCCCGGCCUCUGAUAAGUCAUGCCAUAGAAACCGAGGAAUUUGAUUCUUUAGCAGAUCCCAAGCUUGCGGGAAACUAUGUCGAAUCUGAAAUGUUUAGAAUGAUUGAAGCAGCGGGAGCCUGCGUGCGCCAUUUAGCUACCAAGAGACCUCGGAUGGGACAAAUUGUGAGAGCUUUUGAAAGUUUAGCUGCGGAAGACCUCACCAACGGGAUGAGACUAGGCGAAAGCGAGGUCUUUAACUCAGCUCAACAGUCAGCAGAGAUCAGAUUGUUUAGGAGAAUGGCAUUUGGUAGCCAAAAUUACAGUACAGAUUUUUUCACACAUAGUAGUUACAAUAGCAGAGACGAAAACGUGUAAAUAUCAUACACAGAUUGUUUUUUUCUUUCUCUCGCCAUUAGUGGCAACAACCCAUCAAUAAUAUCCCAGUUUUGUCUCAAAAACUCACCAUCUUUCGCGCCUCAAACCCGCACAUCCUGUUCAUAUCAAAGCAGAACCUUCUCAGAGAGCUUGAAACAAAACAGAGGAUUACAGAGGAGCUAGUGGUUACACAGAAAGAUGAGAAAAAAAAGGAUAGAUGGGUAAAUACUUAUGUUCUAGCACAAGAGAGGCUUUGUUUCUUACAUGAGAUUGCUUUUGUAUCUAUUUUUUUAAUACUUAUACGUUCAAGUUUGAACAUUCUGUGACAUUACUUGUGAUAAAUCAAUAAGGCUCAAUUUGUCUCACUGUGUCAGUUUCUAGAUGCAGAAAGACUGAUUUGCCAUUAUGAA